UCUCUCUCCUAAGUCCUGAGCUUAUCAGCCGAAUUGCCACUCGACUUUCACUCUACCACCAGAGCUAAUGGCUGGGAUCACCAGCACCAGCAGCUUCUUUAUCCUAACCCCGACAACAAGCAGAACGACGCCGUCUUUACUCUCUCUGUCCUCUCUCGAAUCCAAGCUCUUCGGCCUCCGAUUGCCUGGCUCCAAUCUCUCCAAACCCGACUCUUCCAUCGCUUUAUCGUACGCCUUCUCCAUCUCUGAAGUCACUGCCCGUUACGGUGGGUCCCGUUCCGGUUUUGAUUCCCGCCGAUCGAGGAAGAGUGAUUCUGAUGAUGAGCAGGCUCUUGAUAUGUCUAUUAUUAGGUCAGCUAGUGUGAGGCUCAUUGAUGAGCAGCAAAAUAUGGUGGGAGUGGUGCCUAAAACUCAGGCAAUUCAAAUGGCUGAAGAUGCUGAACUUGAUUUGGUGAUAUUAUCCCCAGAAGCGGAUCCUCCAGUUGUCAGAAUAAUGGAUUACAACAAAUAUAGGUAUGAACUGCAAAAGAAGAAGAAAGGACAGCAGAAGAAAAGUGCUGCAACUCGCAUGGAUCUAAAGGAACUUAAAAUGGGUUACAACAUUGAUCAACAUGAUUAUGAUGUACGUCUGAGAGCUGCUCAGAAGUUUUUAAAAGAUGGUGACAAGGUUAAGGUCAUAGUGAACUUGAAAGGCCGUGAAAAUGAUUUCAGAAAUAUUGCUAUUGAGCUUAUCAGACGUUUCCAGAAUGAUAUUGGGGAGCUUGCAACCGAAGAAAGCAAAAACUUUAGAGACAGGAAUAUUUUCAUUACUUUGGUACCAAAUAAGGCUAUUCUACAAAAAUCGCAGGAGCCGCCAAAGAAAAGGGAAAAGUCAGCUACAAAUGAAAUAUCAGCUGGCGUAUGAGUUCAGUUGGAAGUUUCAUGAGGGUUUUUAACUAAGGAUUAUUGGCAGUGAUCCUAUGAGCGUGGAACUCCAACAAUAGAAUUCUUUAUUCUUCCAGGUUGAUGCAACUAAAUUUUUCCAUUUUGUGGCUCGAACAUAGCAACAAUAGUCGUGGAUGGAUCAGGCCAAUCAUACAAGGGCAAGAAUUCUCUAAACCAUUUUUUGAAAGUUGUGAAGCUGCCUUCCUGAGGUUUCUGCAUAUGGUUUGUGUUGCUGAAUACAUUAAAUCAUCAUAUGGAGUUUCUAGUAAUAGUUACACGACCGGAGAUCAACGAUGAGAAUUUGUCUUGUGGAUUAUGGUUGUUUUUCUCCAAUUCAAAUGUUCAAGAGCAAUACCCACUCUUGAUUGGUAUCUUUUUGAAUUAUUAAGUAUAUAGAACUAUAGUUUUCUCAUAAAUUUUUAGUGGAGAAAGGGUGGAACUUUAAUCUUAAACAUUGUAUGCUGUGAGACUACCAAGUAGUAUUGUUGAUUUAAAAACAAGUUUCUCUAUUAAAUUUUUUAACGUACCAAAAUUGGGAUA